CUUCAUUGAGGAAAUCUUACUUGGCCAGUUUCGUGUAUUAAGUGUUUGCAGUAUAUUAUUAUUUUAUUUUUGGACCGCAAGAUUGAGAAAACACGAAGAUGAUCUAUAUUGAUGAAACGGAACCGGAAGAGGGCGAAACCGAAACUCCAUUUGAACCAAGAAAAAUUUUUGUUAAGAAAGGCAAAGAUAUAAAGGAGGAGUAUACUCUUCUUGAAGAAUUAGGAAGGGGAAAAUUUGGAACAGUUUACAAAUGCAGCGAGAAGGAAACGGGUCGUAUCCUGGCGGCGAAAUUUAUAACCACCACCCGAGCCGAUGACAGGAAAGACGUGGAGAGGGAGGUAGACAUCAUGAGGAUUUUACAACAUCCUCGGCUUCUUCAACUUUAUGAUGCUUAUGAUGAUGAAAAGAAACAGAUGUGCUUGGUCUUGGAAUUAAUCGAAGGUGGAGAGCUCUUUGAACGUGUAAUUGAUGACGAUUUUGUCCUGACGGAGAAAGCUUGCUCUAUUUUUAUGAAACAGAUAUGCGAAGGAGUGGACUACAUGCAUUCACAAAACAUAUUGCAUCUCGAUAUGAAGCCCGAAAAUGUACUUUGUGUAUCGAAAACUGGAAACAGAAUUAAACUAAUAGACUUCGGGUUUGCCAGAAAAUAUGAACCGAACAAGAAGAUGCAAGUUUUAUUUGGAACGCCCGAAUUCGUUGCUCCCGAAGUGGUGAAUUUCGAGCGCAUUAGUUACGGAACAGACAUGUGGAGUGUAGGAGUUAUCUGUUACGUUCUUUUAUCCGGAUUGUCUCCUUUCAUGGGGGACAGUGACCUUGAAACUAUGGCAAAUGUCACAAAAGCAGCUUACGAUUUUGAUGACGAGUCGUUUGACCAAAUAUCAGAUGAAGCUAAAGAUUUUAUAGCGAAGCUUCUAUUGAAAGAAAGACC